AUGGAGGAAGGAGCUACCAAAACACAGAUAACUACAAUCAAAGGGUCUCAAGCCAUGCACAGAUGCGAGUCAGAGAUGAGCAUGAUCUGGAAAGAGAUACCAAACAAUAAUAACUACCUAAGAGAAGGGUCCAAAUCACAUACCCCCAAGAGUUACAGAGAACAAACAAGGGGGGUAAACAAGUUCCAGGGGAGAACACCACCAAGACCAAUCUGGAUGGCUAAAACAAGAGAGAUGGAUCAACUGAGAUCACCUGUCAGACAGAUCAGAGAUUUGUCUGAAUCCUCUCGAACCCCAAGACCUCAUAGAGAGCCCAUAGAUGAAACACAUAAACAACCAACAGAAUUACCCAGGAAAGCUUUGGAGACAGCCAUGGGAGAGGUGAGGGAAGUAAUGGUCCAAUAUGCUAACUGUGCUGAUCCAGUUGAAAGUGCAGCAAGAAGAGAAAGAACAAGACUAUCAGAAGCUGCAGGAGAAGUCCAGGAGACUGCUGAGAAUAUGGUAAGAUCAACCAUGAUCACUUACAAUACUGUUGAGGAGGAGGAACCCGAGGCUACUUUCAGACUACAAGACAGAAUCCCAGCUACACUAAGGCUAGGUCCUAUCUAUGAGACACUGCCAGUGGAGAUUCUCGACCCAACCACCAAACCACCUGCUAGAAAAAGGCUGGAAAGACCACCUGGAACAAAGAAAACCAGUUUUAGUCCCUCUGUUCUUCAAGGGGCAAGCUCAAAGAAGAGGAAAUACAUCCAAGCAAGAGGAUCUCCCAGAAGAAGAACUCAGGCCAAACAGGGAACCUGUAAUGAGAGAGAGGGGAAAACAACUUACCACACAGGAGGAACAAGCAUGGCUGUGAUAGAAAGGGGAACACAUACACAAGCAGACCAACCUCCACACUGCAACAUACUAUCUCUUGGUCAGAAAACUAUAUAG